AUGGGUAACUUUAAUAUGCUUCCAGUAGAUAUCAUCUUCAACAUCUUAUCACGUUUACCAGCUGAAUUAGUUUCAGACUGCAAGUUAGUGUCGAAAUCAUGGAAUCGUGUGAUCAAUUAUCAAUCGUUUUCUGAAUCUCACUUCAAUCGUUUCCUUAACAAUCUUGAUUCUUCUGGUAAGUAUACUUUCCUGUUAGUGAAUAACAACCCAGUUUAUGCAUACAGACAAUUUCAUUAUUUAGAAUUUUAUGAUGAUGAGAAGUCUUCUUCAGAGAAACCCAGUCAUAGAGUUACGAGAAUGAGAUUGAACCCUGAUCCGUUUAGGUAUUACAAUUUUACUGGUUCCUGUAAUGGUUUAGUUUGUUUAAACGGAGGCCAUGAUAAUGAGUGGGUCAUUUAUGAACCAGUUUAUAUCUGUAAUCCUAUCACCAGAGAAUGUGUGUAUUUACCGGGAAUUGAGAGAACAGAUGAUCGUGCUGGACGAUUGUUGACUGGAUUUGGUUAUGUUUCUGAGACGAAUGAGUACAAGGUCGUUAGAAUGUGUGAAUUGUUGAAAGAACCCAAAUUCUUGCAUGUUGAGGUGUACACACUCGGUUGUGGUGAAGAAUGGAGGAACAUAGGGAAGAAAUUUGACAAAAGUCCGGGUUUGUUUGAUUCUAGAAAUGGUGUGUUUGUGAAUGGAGCUUUGUAUUGGGUGCUUGUAGAUGGCAUCAUUGUGGCUUUUGAUUUGGUGACUGAAAGUUUUGUCGAAUUACCUAGAUCUUUUCCCUUUGGUUGGUAUUUUACACUUGGGGUUUUCGGGGGUUAUUUAUCGGCUGACCACUAUGAUCAAGAUUCGAAAACUACUGAUAUAUUGUUACUGAAGGAGAAAGAAGAUGGGUCCUUGGGUUGGAUUAAAGAGUUCAGUAUAAGCAACACGGAUACACGGGAAAUUGAAGAUUUGCUUGCCCUUACAUGUAGGAGUACAGUUAUAUGUCACUCAAAGACAAAGGUCCUAAUACAUGACCUAAAUUCUUCAUCUUCAAAAGUACUUGUGGAUUUUGGCAAGGAUAAAGCUAUAUUUCAAGCAAUCCCGCAUAUGAACACCUUGGUUUCAUUGAAAGCAUCAGGAGAAGAAAAUACGGUAACAAUGGAAUGGGUUGACGUGCCAAGAGAGGUUGUUGAAGAAUACUCGACUGGAUACAAUCAGAGAGUUGAAAUGUGUAUUCAGCAAUAG